GGCGGCGCUGCCAAGAUGGCGGAGGCGGUGGCGGAGCUGCUGGAGCGGGCGGCGCGGCGGGGGGCGCCGCUGGAGGAGCUGCGGGCCCUGCGGCUGGCCCUGCAGGCCGUGCCGCCCGCCGCCCUCCGCGCCCGCCUCAGCGACGACCACCUGGGAGCGCUCUUCGCCCUCCUCAGCGUCAAUGACCGGGAGCAGGUUUCUACGUGUGUUGCCAUCCUGGAGAGGCUCCUGCAGGCCCUGGACCCGCUCUACAUCAUCCAGAACCUGAAAGAAGAGCUGCAGAAAGGGCUUUUCCACCCCGACGACUCUGUGAAAAUCCUCACCGUAUCUCAGAUUGGGAGGAUUGUUGAAAAUUCGGAUGCUGUUAGAGAAAUUCUCAGCAGUCCCGAACUGUUACGGCAAAUAAUAAAUUGCAUUGGUGGAGAGAAAAUAGCAGUGGCUAAAGAGGCCAUCAAAUCUCUCUCAAGGAUAGCGCAGACACAAGAGGGCUUGGAGGCUUUAUUUGUGAGCAGUUUGUUGAGCGACUUGAAAAAUGUCAUGGCGAUGAGUGACGUUGUUCGAUACAGAGUGUAUGAGUUAAUUGUUGAGAUUUCUUCGGUGUCAGCAGAUUCACUCAGUUACUGUGCAAACAGUGGGUUGAUAUCGGACUUAAUUGGCGAGCUGACUGGAGAUGAUGUACUGGUCAGAGCCACGUGUAUAGAGAUGGUGACCUCGCUGGCACAUACCCCGCAUGGACGUCAGUACCUUGCUCAACAAGGAGUUAUUGAUAAAAUUUCAAACAUCAUCAUCGGUGCAGAGUCUGAUCCUUUCUCAGGCUUCUACUUACCAGGUUUUGUUAAAUUUUUUGGAAAUCUGGCUAUUGUAGAUAGCCCACAGCAGAUCUGCGAACGAUACCCUGUCUUCAUGGAAAAAGUCUUUGAAAUGGCAGAAAGUCAUGAUCCAACCAUGAUUGGAGUGGCUGUGGACACCCUGGGAAUCCUGGGGUCAACUGUAGAAGGCAAACAAGUUUUACAGAAAACUAGAAGCAGAUUUCAAAAUCUGUUAAACAAAAUAGGGCACCAGGCAAAGAAUGCCCCCACGGAGCUACGACUUCGAUGUUUGGAUGCCAUUUCCUCUCUUCUUUACUUGCCCCCAGAGCAGCAGACAGAAGACCUUUUAAGAAUGACUGAAUCAUGGUUCACAUCCUUGUCUAGCCAGCCAUUGGAACUCUUCAGGAAUAUCAGUACUCAGCCGUUCCCUGAUCUCCACUGUGGGGCGUUAAGAGUAUUUACUGCUAUUGCAAAUCAACCGUGGGCGCAGAAGUUGAUGCUGAACAGUCCAGGAUUUGUGGAAUACAUCGUAGACAGAUCUGUGGAACCUGAUAAAGCUUCGAAGGAUGCCAAAUAUGAACUGGUUAAGGCCCUUGUAAACUCCAAAACAAUUGCGGAAAUUUUUGGAAAUCAGUAUUACUUGAGGCUUAGGGCUUACUUGCGUGAAGGCCCCUAUUAUGCUAAGGCAGUUUCUACUACAGCUGUGGAAGGAGCAGAAUAAUAUCACUGAUGUCUUGGUUCCCCUUCUUACAAACCACGUUACUGAAAUCAAUAUUAAGAUGUAAGGUGUAAAGGCUCUCCACACGGGAGUCAUCUUAGAUGUCUCUUUAAAGGAACACGAAGCACUUUGACUCUGUUUGAAAUGAGAGUCAUGAGAGCAAAUCAAAACCUAUAGGGCACGGUGUAAUUUUCCACAGAAUCUCAUGGCAGAAAUUCUCUGUAUACUGUCCUGAGACAAGUAAACAAGGUAAGCAUCCUAUCAACUGCUGGCUGUUUUAUUUUGCAGAAGUUAUCAGUGUUUACUUAAAACUGUUCUUGGGUUUGGAAUUCCUAUCAUGUUUUCUCAGUAGAUCACAGGUUAAUUGGAAAAAAAAAAAAAAAAAGCCAAAAAACCUUGAGGUUUGUAACCUCUGAUGCUGCCAUGGUUUCUCUUUUUAAAAAUUUGUAUUAUUACUUUUUUUCUAUCUGCUGAAGUUGGCCCUUGCAUAGAAAACACUUUUAGCUAGAUGUAGUUCUGCCAGAAACUCAGGUGGUAAGAAAAAGCUAGUAAUAUUCUGUCCACACGAGGGAGUACAAACUGGCUUCUCUUCUCUCAUCAACUUGCUGGAUGUAAGUCUUGUUUGAAUAGGUCCUAAAUAUUGUUUACAUUUUAUACUGAGGAUUACAAAAAAAAAAAAAACACAAAAAAACGCUUAGCCCUUUUUAAAAACAAGUGAAAGCAAACUCUAGUGUAUAAAACCAAACUGGGAGCUUUGUGUCAUUAGCUGUCGCUUUUCAGCAAGUAAACUGAGCUGCCAAAGGAGCAUGAGCUACAAAUCUACUUCAGAACCAAAUCUUACAGUUUACACUUUUUUUAUCAAAGAUGAUUUUUUUAAUUUAAGUGUUAUAUAAAAAAAGUACCGAUCUUAUUUACCUGAAUUGGAAUAAAAGGGGUAAGAACAUUAAAGCUUUCAUGUUUAAAGGCAUGAACUGAACUAGGAGGCUAUAAAUGUACCUCGUGAGGCUUUGUCUCCCUCUGGAGAUGGUCAUCUAGUGUGCGGGUGAGGUACAGGACCUGCGAUGUGUUGGUCCAUAAACAAAGACCACAGUGUACUUUAUACAAAAGGUUUAUAUUGUUUUAGCUGAGAAUGUAAGACACAAAUCUGGGGAUGAGUUGGGGGGAGCAUAAUAUAACAUGAAUAUAACAUGAAUUAACUACUUCGGGGCUUGCUUCAGUAGUGUAUUAAGUCGGGCAUGCCUCUUUGGAAAGUACUUGCCCUGUGUCCCUGCUCUGCCAAGUGAAAUGGGAUGAUUUAGUCAUGCAGAAACCCUUUUAUUGCUUGUAGUAGCUUCGGGCUGCAGCAGAGGUGAUAGCAUUGCCUCCCAAAAAAUUGCUGGCAAGGAAUUGAAAUGGGCUGAGAGAAGCAGGGUAGCUGGGGAAAAUCUGUUGAUGUUUAAUAAACUAUCUGAAUGCAGGUGAUCUGCUUCGUUGCUUAUGACCUAAUACGUGCAAAAAGUUGUCAUCCAACAUUAUCCUGCUGCUCACACUUUCAUUCUAAAUGUGCAUAAUAAACGUCUGCUAGCGAAAAAGGCA